AUGGAUGAGAGAACGAAAAUCGUAGACGUAUGGGCAAAUAAUCUAGAGGAGGAAUUUGAACGAAUCAGGGAUGUAGUCGAAAAUCAUCCCUAUGUUGCUAUCGACACAGAAUUUCCCGGAAUUGUUGCUAGGCCAACGGGAAAUGUAAUAGAUUAUAAUUACCAAACAAUAAAAUGCAAUGUGGAUUUGUUGAAGGUUAUACAAUUAGGAGUUACCUUUUCUAAUGGGAAAGGGGAGCUACCUAAGUUUGAUCUAGAAAGUGAUAUGUAUGCUCAGAAUUCUAUAGACUUCCUAAAGCUCAGUGGAAUAAAUUUUGAAAAACAUCAAUCCCUAGGAAUCGAGUUGUUGCAUUUUGGGGAAGUUAUUAUGUCAUCAGGUCUUGUCAUGAAUGAAGACGUAAAAUGGAUAUCUUUUCAUGGUUGCUAUGAUUUUGCAUAUCUGUUAAAAAUACUAACUUGCUGUGCUUUACCUCAUAAUGAAAUUGCCUUUUUUGAUUUACUGAACGAUUUUUUUCCUUCCCUGUACGACAUCAAGUAUUUGCUGCUAAAUUUGAACAUCAAGCAAUUAAGUAGGACCUACUCGUUGCAAAAAAUUAGCGAAAUUUUAAGUGUGAAGAGGAUUGGAAGACAACACCAGGCUGGUUCGGACUCCCUCGUGACGUGUAAAACAUUUUUCAAAUUGUUGGAACUGUAUUUUGAUAACAAAAUAGAUGACAAGAAAUAUUCGGGUAUUAUAUACGGCUUGGGGUCCACAAUAAAGAAUUACAACCCCAAGUUGGAGGACAAUCAGCACAAAUUUAAUAGUACGAAUCAUUAUGGAAGUGGAUACGUGAAGGGCAAUAAUAAUGCGCAUGGGGCCAGUGGCCACUGCUACGGCGGAGCCAACUGCGGGGGAGGAUACGGCUGUGGCUAUGGCGCCAACUACGGUUGCAAUUAUAGCGGAAAUCAUAGUGGCAACCACAGCGGCAACCACAGUGACAAUAACGACAGCGAGGAGCGAAGCAAAGAAUGCAACCACAUGUAUAUGGAGGGAAAGAACUGCAUGUUGCAAACACAAAACCACAUGCUGAGCUCCUAUCUGGAAAACAAGGAAUAUCAAAUAAGCUUUAGCAAGGACGCGGUCAAAGGCAACGUUAAAAGUGACAUGUUGUACAACCUGUAUGCAGAUAUGAACCAAAAUAACUACAACACUAUUGCGAAUGUAGGGAAUAUGAUCCCGACCAACAUUAUUGGCCUCUGUUCAUAUGACAAUGGCGCUAUGAAUAACCGGGGUUUUACCAAGUACAGCACCCAUCCACAGUUGAUUAACAUGAGUGCUGUGAAUGCCAAGUCGCUGCGAGUUCUAGCUAAUAGUGACGCACAUGCGAACAGCCUUAGUGGUGGUGACAGUGGAAGUAACAGUGUCAACGGAAGUGGCAGCGGAAGUGGUAGCGGAAAUGGCAGCGGAAGUGGUAGCGGUAAUGGUAGCGGAAGUGGCAAAAAUAACGGCAAAGGUGGAGGAAAGGGUGACACCAAAGGUGACGGAAAGGGGAACUCCAAAAAUACUAACAAAAAUAAUAACAAGAACAACGGCAAGAAUAACGGUAACGGCGGUGGAAACAGUAAUGGUAGCAGCAAGAACGGAAGCAACAGCGGUGGCAAUAACGGAGGCAAUAAUGGGGGAAAUAACGGAGGAAGCAGUGGUGGCAACACUGGCGGCAACGGCACAGGCCAUAGCGGCGGUCAUAGUGGAGGUCACAACAGUGGCCACAAUGGAGGAAACGGAAACGGCCAUACCAGCGGCCAUACCAGCGGCCACAAUGGAGGGAAUGGCAACAACCACGGUAACGCCAAAGGGAACGGCAAAAACAAAGGAAACAACAACAGCAGCAGCAACAGCAGCAGCAGCAACAACAGCAGCAGCAACAACAGCAAUAACAACAAUUCCGGAGAGUUCAUCAGCAUUGCAGGGAAUGCCAGCAAGAACAGCUUAGAGAACAGCCCCAAGCCGCUCAAAAAUAUGUUUAAUGAUUUGCCCAAAAGCCCCAGCAACGGUAAUUUGAGCAUCGAUUUUAACGUAGCCAACAUCAGCAGCAGUAGCGAGCAUUUGAAAAAUAUAAACGGAGCAGGAGGAACCACGAAUCGCAAUUUUACCAACCCCAAUGGAAACAUCAUGAGCAUGAAUAGCGCCAACAUGAGCAUGAACAACGCCAACAUGAGCAUGAACAGCACCAAUAUGAGCCUGAACAGCGCCAACAUGAGCAUGAACAGCGCCAAUAUGAGCAUGAAUAGCAUAAAAAACUCCGUCCUGUUAAACAACCUGAGCAGUUUGAGUGGCAUGAAUAGCAGUGUUAAUAUAAGCGGAAAGAGCGGCAUAUCUGGUAAAGGCUGUAUGCCAAGCAAAAGGGGCUUGAUUGGGAAAAGUGGUCCAUUAGGCAAAAACAACAUAGUUGGUCUGAGCAUGAGCAACUUAAACAACCCUGUGGUACCUCCAAGUGGCUUAAAUUUAGACGCGACUGGAAUAAACCUCGCGAGUAUAAAUAACGGCAUGGUGCUUAACAGCAUGGGGGGGAAUAACAUGAGUAUGAACAGCAUGAGCAGUAGCAUCAGCUUGAACCGUGUACCUGUGGUUAAUGUUGGGAAUUUAAAUUUCAAGCAAGGCGGCGGCAUCGUUAGCAUCAACAACAGGAGUCCCAUCAACAGUUGCAGCGUCAGCAGUGUGAACGAGGUGAACACAAGGCAAAGUGGCUCCAUCAAAAGUAUAAACAUGUCGGAAGAAAGUAUUAUAGAUGCAGUUAAGGGGGAUUACGAGGUGGAUAACAACAACCCGAUGGCCCGAAACGGAAUUGCAGUGAGCAGUAUGUAUGCACCCAGUAUGAACUAUGCGAAUGGCGGAGGUAUCGGAAGCCAUAAGAAUAGCGCAAGCGCAAGUGGAAAGAAUAACAAUAAGAACAACAACAACAGCAGUAACAGCAGUGGCAUUGGCCCAUUUUUAAAUAGCGUAAAUUUCGGUGCGGCCAACAUGGCAAGCAAUGCAGGCCUCCAAAUGAACAGUAGCGUAAGUAGUUUUAAGCCGUACUCCAUGCCAAACAAGUACAACUCGUUUAGUAGCUACCCCACAAGUGUAAGCAACUCGAAUGAUAAGGGCACAACAGACGAUUGUGAAAUUGAUGACGCACUGUUUGACGGACCAGGCAGCAUGCUUAUUGUCGGAAAUGGAAGUAACAGCGGUGGUGGCAACAGUGGCGUACAUGUGAGCGGAAAAAACGUUUUGAAUAAAAACGUGAUGAACAAAGUAAACAUGGCGCACAUGAAUUAUGGCAAGAAUAUGAUUCCGAGUGGUGUAAAUGCGAAUGCGAAUUUUAAGGGAAGCCACAAAAAUAAUGUCCUCAUGAACAGCGACAUGUCGAGCGGCCUAAUGCAGAAUGGUAACCAUAUGAGCAAGAAUAAUGAGUUGGGUAGUGGGAAUUUUGACUCUAUGAAUCUCCUAUCGCCAAAUAUGACAAUGCUUAGGGAUGACACCUGCAAGGACGAAAAAAUGAGCAACUUAAACAAAACUGCAAUUGCAAGUUUUCCCUUGAAGCAUCCGCCCCCACCUCCUCCUCCACCUCCCCCACCAUCUUCAUGCAGUUUGACCAACGUGAUGAACAGCAUGGGCAGCGCCAUGAGUAGCAGUGGCAACCAUAACAACAGUGGCGAAAAGGCUAAAAACAAUUCCUUUAUGAAAAACCUGAGUUCAUCUUCCUCCAACAACAUGGGCAAUGCUAACUUGAACAACGUGGCGCAUCUAAUGAGUGGCAACGAAGCGAAAAUUUGCAACUUGAACAUGGGCACUACUAGCUACUCAUCGAACCACAUGUUGAAGCAUAACAUGAGCUUGAGCAAUUUCGGCAACGUCAAUGGAGGCAACAAACUGAAUUUUGCCAACAUGGCUAACCCGAACGGUUCAGGAGGCAUCAUUAAGAGCAACUCGCAUGGUUCCGUUGGCCCCGUUGGCCCCGUUGGCGGCAUUGGCGGUGUGGGCCCAUUAGGCACAAACAUCGUUCCCGCAUACAACGCAGCAAACAAAGCGCCCCUUGACAGUAGCGACCCUAGAGCGAACCUUAGCUUUAACAGGAACGGUUCGAGCAACUCAAACAAAAAUAACAAAAAUUUUAAUCAACUGAGCAGCACUACAAAUGAGAAGAAUAGCAAAAAUAAUGCGAAGGAAGAAAAUGGCAAAAAUGCCGUCUUGUUAGGAACUAGUUGUAUUAGUGAGGGCGCCAGUAAUGCUGAUGAAAGUAUCACUGCAAAUGGAGGUGUGCUGAGCAGCGCGAAUGGCGUUCACAAUGGGAGCCCGAAGAUUAACGAAGACCAGACCAAGGGAAGCACCAACACGAAUACCACCAAUGGUAGCGGCAACAAUGGGAAGAACGGCAAGGGUGGGAAAAAUGGAAACAAGAACCACAAAAAUAAUAAGAACAAAAAUAAGAGCGCCAAUGGAGGAAGUGCUAAUGGAGGAAGUGCCAACGGAGGAAGUGCCAAUGGAGGAAAUGCCAACGGAGGAAAUGCCAACGGAGGAAGUGCCAACGGAGGAAAUGCCAACGGAGGAAAUGCCAACGGAGGAAGUGCUGGGAACGGUGCCAACGGCGGCAACACGGUCAUCAAAAAAAAAAGCAAUGAGAAAAAUACUGCAGAUAAAAUGAACAUGAGCAACGUUGAGCAGAAUAAUAACUAUGACCCAGUUAGCCAAAAAAAAAAUGGAAAUAAAAAUUUUGUCAACAUUGUAAAGGAGGAGGAAGAAGGAGCCAAGCUUGCCAGCGGAAAUCUGCUGCCAAAUGAUGAGAAGAAAAAUGCCACAACCGAUAGAAAUGCAUACAAAAGCUUUUUAAAUAAUAUGAAUUAUUUCAAGGCAGAUAAUGUGAAGGUGUACAAUAGGGGAGACAUAGGAACAGUAGGUGGAGCUGUCGCCGUAGCGGGAGGGUAUGGAAAGAAUGCCACGCAGCAGUUAGGUGUAAAAAAUAACUUCCUCAAUAGCCCCACGUGCGAUAGCGAAAGCGUGUUGCAUAGUUUGAGUAGUGUAAAUAUAAGUAAUGACAUGAGCACUUCGGACAUUAUGAGCCCCCCAAAUGUGCACAAUUAUGCCAACAGUGGCAGCGCAGGAGGAAGUGGCGCCGACGUCAACGCGGAUAUUCAGUACCAUGGCAGCAUGAAGAAUAGCAAAGGCGGAAACAAGUACACCGAAGUUUUGCAUGGAAAAAUGAACAACUUCAAUAUGAUGAACAUAAGUAAGAUGAACAAUGGGACUAAUUCGGCCAAGAAUAAUGUGGGCCCUUUGAGCGGUGGCUUAAGGGGCGGUUUAAGCGGCGACCACAAUGGCAAGCACAACAGCAGUAGCACAGCCGAAAACGCCAGCACGAACGGAGGCGCCCUCAACAGUUUUAUUAACAAAAAAAUGAGCAAGGACAACCUAAGCAUGAUAAACCAUGCCAUGAUGAAUAACCCUAACCUGAACAACAUUUAUGCGAACAGCGACAAGAACGCGUUUAGCAAAAUGAAUGUUAACCACAAGGGAGGCAGUGUAAGCAACUCCAAUUUUUACUUUAACGGUGAAGGCGCAACAGGUGUAGUAGCGCGAAACCAGCCAUAUUACAAUUCGUACGCCGAAUCCAUUUCAGACAAAGUAGCCAACAAAUCAUAUAUCGAGAAGAGUGGUAACAUACCGUCUACCAUUUAUAAUGGUAAGAGGGAGGAACCCAACAUGAGCAUGUAUAACUACGUUGAUAGUAAUAACUUUUUGGAGAAAAACGCAAUUCUUGCGGACAAGUACGAGGCAAUGGAAUCGCCCCAAGACAAUAUGUUUAACUAUGCCAGUUACGAAUUUAAAAGUAAGGAAAGAAAAUUUUUUUAUGAUGCGUAG